CGAAAAGUCGAUUUUUAGGUUUAGGCAACGAAUGUUUUAGUUUUAUCUUACAGAAAAAAAAACCGCAAGUAAGAUGUUUGGCGGAAAACCAGAAGAGCCUAUGUCCAUUUUUCAAAAGUUGAAAACCUUCCUAGCUGUGCACUAUAGAGGCGUGGUAUGUUUUGUAGCGCCCAUCGUACUUAUAGGAAUCCUUGCGCCCUUCCCGCCAAAGAAACACCAAUGGUGUGGUUACACCCUAGUGCUCAUGGGCAUAUAUUGGUUAGCAGAGUGCAUUCCCCUGGAGAUUACCUCAUUUUUGCCUGUCCUCAUAUUCCCGCUGACUGGGGUCAUGACUACGGCGGAAGUAUGCAAGGCAUACAUGAAUGAAACAAUAUUAUUGUUUCUGGGAUGUUUAUUUCUGGCCUUCGCUCUGGAGCAAUGCGGCGUGCUGAAACGAUUGGCGUAUUGCUGUAUACAAAAUUUCGGUGGAUCGCAUAUGCUUAUGCAAUUUUUCCUGGCUUUGGUGACAACUUUUAUAUCAAUGUGGAUUACGAAUACAGCUGCUACAACUUUGAUGGUUCCGGUGAACUUUACUGUGCUCAAAAUAUUCGAAGAUAACGGCGUGUUGAAGAUUUAUGAUACUGGACCUAAAGGGGAGAAGAUUGCCUCCGACAUUACUACGUGUUAUUUCUGUUCUGCUUCCUAUUUUGCUACUAUUGGUGGCGUUGUGACUUUGAUGGGCACGGCAACCAACUUGGCAUUCAAAGGCAUUUUACUGACUACUUACCCGAAGGCGCCUGAUGAAUUAACAUUCCUAAAGUUUUCCGGAUUUGGCUGUAUUUAUGUGAUUCUCAUAUUCUUAUUCACUUAUACAUACAUGGUGUACCUGCAUUUUGGAGUAUUUAGUAAAAAGGGGAGCGAUAAUGCAAAAAAAAUGACAAUAACACCAAGAGCAAAAGAAGCUUUUAAGAAGGCAAUAAUGGAAGAAAGAAAGAAAAUUGGGCCGUGUACACUCUGGGAAGUGUUGGCGUGUAUUUUGUUUGUCGUCGCAGUUCUGGGAUUUUUAGGUCGUUUAACGCCAUUCUUCGACGGAUGGGGCACCAUGAUAAAGACAUCGUUUUCGCAAAAGGACGAAUCAUACGUUCGGGAUUCUGCUAUGGUUAUGGCUGUGUGUUGCGCAAUGUUCCUGCUUCCAGCUUCACUUGCGUUUUUCAAGAACUGCACGGCUAAAUUUCAUGAAGAUCUACCUAAAUCGAAAACAACUUCAGUGCUGGAUUGGGCCACUUUGAAUACAUCUAUGCCAUUCAGUUUUAUGUUUCUUUUGGGUGCUGGUUUCGUUCUAUGCGAAGCUGGGAAGUCUUCUGGGUUAAAUGAUAAAAUUGGUGAAACGUUCAAAGAGCUGGAGUCAUUGCCGACUUUGGUCGCUUUACUGAUCGUCAUCGUUGGAACGGUGGUGAUCACCAAUUUCGCGUCGAACGUUGUUGUAGCCAACAUUUUUUGCCCACUUGCAAUGAGUUUGGCAAAACAAUUGAAAGUAAGCCCACUGUGGUUCUGCUUAGCGGCCGGGUACUCCGCCUCCUACUGCUUUAUACUUCCAAUCGGAACUCCAGGAAACAUGAUUGUGAAGAGUGCAGCAAGCAUUCCUCUUAAAAAAAUGGCACUAGCGGGCCUAGGCCCUACUAUAAUCGUAAUUGUAUUCACGUGGAUGGAUUUGAAUUACUUAGCACCAAUCAUAUGGCCUGAUUUGGACAAGUUACCUGACUGGGCAAAGGAUGAACCAAAGCCAGAGUUGGUAUAAUCCCACUUUCAUCGUAAUCCUAAUGACGUGGGUGGAUAUGAACUAUUUUGUAUCAGUCACAUGGCCUUAAUUUGGA